AUGCGGUUAAUAUCGCUCCUCCUCAGCGUAUUCGUCGCCUUUCUCACAACACCGCUAGUGUCGGCGACGAAACUCAUCGAAUCGAAUGCUUUGAACCUCUGUCAAGACAGUCAGAACUUCACAGCCACCUUUUUCAGCGUCACCUUCACCCCCAACAACCGGUCGCUAGCCUUCAGCUUCGAUGGUGUCGCUGCGAUCUCUGGUAAAGUCAAGGCCGAGUUGAUUCUCACUGCCUAUGGAUACGAAGCCUUGCGGAAGGAGUUGGAUCCUUGUACGAUGAACUUGCCGGGCCUCUGCCCCAUGAACGCCGGUCCGAUCGAUGUGCCCAGCGCCAAUGUCGUUGUCCCCGAAGAUGUGGCGGCCAAAAUUCCAGGUAUUGCCUACACCGUUCCCGAUCUGGAUGCCAAAGUACGUAUCUAUAUCAACUCCACCGAGACCGGCAAGAGUAUCACCUGCAUCGAAGCCAGUCUGUCCAACGGCAAGACGGUUUACCAGAAGGGCGUUGGAUGGACGACGGCCAUCAUUUCAGGAUUGGGUCUCGCCGCUUCUGCGAUCACAUCAGGCUUGGGGCACUCCAACACUGCCGCUCAUGUCGCAGCCAACGCGCUUUCCCUCUUUGGCUUCAUGCAGUCUCAGGCGAUGUUCGGCAUGGUCUCCGUCCACAUGCCCCCGAUCGUCGAAGCCUGGACGCAGAACUUCCAAUGGAGUAUGGGAAUCAUCCACAUCGGCUUUUUGGAAACUCUCUGUACCUGGUAUCAACGAUCCACCGGUGGUACUCCGUCCACCAUCCUUUCCGAGUUGUCCACCACCUCAGUCGAGGUUUUGAAGCGCAAGAAGCGUUCCAUCGAUACUGCCACAAAUCUGAUGAAGAGAGGCGCCGGUGCGCUCGCGAAACGGGCCGACGCCGCCACCGAGACAGCAACUUCCUCGAACAUCGUUGUGCGCGGUAUACAACGUGUUGGAUUCACGGCCAAAAUCGAACAGACCAAUAUCUUCCUGACUGGUCUCAUCUUCUUUGUCUUCUUUGUCUUUAUAGUCAUGGUCAUCGUCGCUCUCUUCAAGGCAGGGUGCGAGAUUCUAGCCAAGAAUGGCCGGAUGAAGAGUGACAAGUUCUCCGAUUUCCGAAACGGCUGGAAAGUCGUCGCGCGAGGCAUCCUCUUCCGGCUGACCCUGAUCGGCUUCCCUCAGAUGUGCGUGUUGUGUCUCUGGGAAUUCACCCGACAUGAUUCCGCUGCUGAGGUGGUCCUGGCAGUAAUCAUGUUCCUCUCGGUGCUCGGCGCCCUGGGAUGGGCUGCUUUCAAGGUUAUUCUUCUGGCGAAACGUUCAGUCGUCAUGCACAAGAACCCAGCAUACGUCCUGUACUCGGAUCCCUCAUGCUUGAACAAGUGGGGAUUCCUCUACGUGCAAUACCGGGCCACUGCCUACUACUUCGUUGUGCCGGUCCUGGUGUAUCUUCUCAUCAAAGGUAUGUUCAUUGGUCUGAGUCAACCUGCGCCAAUCGUACAGACGGUCGCGCUUGUCAUCAUCGAGGCCGCUAUGCUCAUUGCAGUGAGCGUUUUGCGCCCCUGGAUGGACAAGAAGACGAACAUCUACAACAUCACCAUUGCCGCCAUCAACUUUGUCAAUGCGAUCUUCCUGCUGUUCUUUUCGGAAGUCUUCAACCAACCAGGACUCGUGACGGGUGUGAUGGGCGUCAUCUUCUUUGUGUACAAUGCAGUCUUCGCAUUGAUCCUCCUGAUCCUGGUGCUGAUCGCAUCCAUUUACGCCAUCGUAUCGAAGAACCCCGACACUCGCUACCAGCCGAUGAGGGACGACCGCGGCUCGUUCAUCAAGUCGCAUAGUCAGCUGACCACGGAGCUGGAUGCUCUAGGCGCCACUGCCCGUGGUGAUGUCAAGGACCCCUCGUACAACAAAUCGCCCUUUGACGAUGACGACGGGUCCUUCUCUAGCGGCAACGGUGCCAGCAUUGGACGGCAAACCCUCCAACCCUCGCAGGAAGCACCGCACCGCCCAGCGCAUGUAUCACCGGUUGACCCAUCGGUACCUCUAUUCCCCAGUCCCGGCGACGGACGGGGACCCCCUAGCUACGGACGAUCCCCAUCACCCGUACCAUACCGAGCUCAACACAACGCGAGCCCGUGGCAGAGAGGAGCGGGGUACGAUCAUUGA